UCUUGCAGAUGAUAAAUUUUAGUGUACUUAUUUUUUCCUAUGUUCCUACCUCUAUUUCUCUCAGAUCUGACGUCCGUGAUCUGUAAUAUCAAUGAGAAAGAUCUACUUAAUCGUCUGAACCCAAUGAUGUACGGGAAAAACAAAGAUCGUGCCAACACAGUGGGAGCAAAUAAUCAAGGGUCAAGCUUGCCAGUCUCCAUGGCAGUCUCUGGAUUACCACAAGGACAGCUGUGAACUGUGUCAUGUCUGGGAUGGGCUUCCCUGGCCCAGGUUGUGGCCCAACCAACCAUAAUCCAAUGAACCAAGCUCCAAAUUUCGUCAGCCAUAUGAUGAAGCCCAUUGGUAUGGACAUGACUCCUCCUCAACUAAACCCGUGCGCAACUGGAACUUGUUGUGGCAGUUCUUGUACAUUUGACUGUCUUUGCCACUUGAUUGAUUCAGAUGCAAAGGGCAUUGAUGUCGAUGACAUAUACCAAGUUUUAGGCAGAGAUGUGCUCAAAUCUAGUGUCCUUGAUGAUAUCGACCUGUACUUGGAAUGUGAUGAUGACAAUGUGUACACCAAAGCUAUGCCUUCUAAGCCUGGUAUGGAAAGCACAAAACCAAAGAACUCGCAAGAACCUUUCAAAUUCAAAUUUUCAUUUCCAACAAACACCACUCCUCCUGUUUCUGACUCAAAGAAAUCUUUUGUUUGUGAAUUUUGUUCACAAUCUUUCAUCAAAGACCACCUCUUGAAAAAUCAUCAAGCUAAAUCCCACAAUGUGAAGGACUUGUUUCCUUGUCCACAGUGUGCAUACAGGGGUCAGCAACAUGCACAUCUUCAGAAACACAUCAAAAGAAUGCACAAGAAGUCAUCGCAGUCAGAUGACAGUUCAAACAAUCUUUCGCAGAAUGUAGCAGUUGUACCUCCAAAAAGUGCUAUUGAACCAGCAGACAUGUCUGAGCAGUCUUCGCUAGCUUCAAACAUGCCUGAUACUUUGCAGCAGUGUAAUCCCACAACAGAUAUAAAAAAGCCAAGUGAGGACUGGCCACCGCUGUCUAAUAAUAACAAGCCAAUUGCAGCUCGUAUUCAAGGUACAGCAAAUCUCCCACAGAGUAACAUCAACCAAGGGAACGUGAAUGUGGUUCAGUUUGGUAAGGCAGAUGCUUUUCCUCAACUCCCUCAACAACCUGAGUCACAGGAGCAAAAAGUGCCUGUGGCUUACAACCGUCGGCAGUCAACUUCGUCGCGAAGCUUUGGAACUGAACCGUCACCUGAUCCGCGAAGUGUGCCCGAAUGCUCACCAAGACCAGGUAGUCGACAGUCUGGCCAUGAAAGUAGCAAUGAUUUUUCAAUCUUGGAUAUUUCAAAUAACACUUUCAAAGUAGCUGAAACCGCAACAUUUUUGCCAGGGGAAUCCCUUCUUGCUCAACUGGAAGGCCCUGAUAUUUAUGGAUCACCUAAAGUUGACCAAGUUCCAUUUGCUGUGCCAUCUCCUCAUAGUUUACUGGUACACACACCUACUUCAGCAUCGCCUGGAGUACCUAUGGCAUUGGGACAAGUACAUGACAGACCUCCUGUUUUGAAUCGCGCACAAACAUUUCCUCCUGGUAGGGCAAUACUGCCUGGGAAUGUAAGUGUUAUUAAUCAAGCCAUUGCUGUGGCAUCAAGUUGCCCACCUAGAAUUGCUCCAACACCACCAGAAAUAUUGGAGCAGAAGCGUCGAAAGAUGUCACCAGGACCUUAUGCCAGUGGACGGAAUUCAGCAUUGAGUGUUGGUGCCAACAGCCAGGGAUUCGCUUCUCCAUCCCCCACAAGUUGUGUUCCUCAAAUAGUUCCUACAACUCCCGACUUUUCUCGGCCUCCAAUGUCACCUAUGUCACAGGCUAGUAGUCAGCAUUCUUCACCGACGUUUGGACAUGUGAACCAAAGAUUCUUGUCCCCUUCACCAACGGUCUCUCAGCCAAGGGCUCUGCCAACACCUCCAGAGAUUAUCCGACAUCGGGUGUCCCCAACCCAAAGAGGUCAUCAUUACCAAGCAUCGAGUGCAAUAAAUGUUGGGGGAUUGAAUGCCGGUUUUCCAGUGCAGUCGCCUCCUGUAGGUUUCCCGAGAAUGAUGCAGGGGCCUUCUCCUACAGGAGUUCCUGGAAAACAAAUGAAUUAUCAUGACUAUCAGCAAUUGCACCUCCCUCACCCUUCCACCGUGCCAAGGAAUGCAAAUCCACAGCUUGAUCCACAUCAGCCCCGCAUGACUCCAGCUAACCCUGCGCGUUUUCCACCAGCUACUUACCAACCCUCGAUACAAGCACAUCAUGUCAUCAGUGAACAGCAACAAUAUAGUCCUAAUAUUCAUCCUGGUCAGUUCAACCCUGGACAGCAGUUUUAUCCUCCGAAUGGACUGGGAUUUCAAGGACAGUACAACGAGUUACCUCGAUAUCCCCAUGGUGGCCCUAGGUAUCCACCUCGUAUGCCACUUGGUGUUCAAGGACAGCAUGUCAGUAAUACCCAAAGAUCUGGUCCUGGUCCCAGUCCUCCUUAUCUAUCGCCAACUGGACCGCAGAGUCCAAGGAUGAACCCAAACCAAAGAUUCAUCACAGCUGGUCCCGAGGCUGGUUUUCCACCCCAAGUGCAAAGCCAGAUGUACAGCUCAAGACAACAGCAGCCGAUGCAAAGGUUUACUUAUCCAGUACAGAGGCACCCUUACAGAGUUCCUUAUGAUGGAGGCGGCCAAUUGCAGGGAAUGGGGCAACCUCAGGGUAAUAGUAUCAUGCAAACUGUUCCACGUACUAAUUUACCACAAGGAGUAACUGGUUUUCCCAUGCAACAAACUAGACCAAGUAUGAUUAUUCGUGUUCAAAAUCCCAACCAAUCAAACCAGGCAAUGAUGGCACAGGGCAGAAAUGUAGGUUACAUAUCGGGACAGGAACAAAUAUACCGCCAACCUCACCAAACUAGUUCUAUGGAAUUUCGUUCACCUAUUCAUAGCUCACCAGAAGGGAAUGUUCCUUCAGGACAAGUGAUGUCUGCCUCAGGGAUGACCAGUCCACAAGUUUCACAGGGUAGCGCUGCUAAUGUGGCAAGUCAUAGCAAUAUCAGUCUGCUGUUGAAUUCAGGACUUCCUCAUAGUCAUGGUAAUACUGUGCUAGCUCAGCAAUUGACGAACAUUGGGGACAAUAGCAGUGGUGGGAAUAAGCAUGUACUUUGUCAGAAUGCAUUAUCGGAGAGGAGCAGGAGGACAAAAUCUAAUCAUAUUGAAGCUGAUGUGCGGGAGGUUAAGAGUGUCAAUCAGGAAAAUGCUUCUCCGCUUUCGAAUCCAUCAUUUGAUCCAUCUGUUAAACACAGAGCUUCAAGGCAUACAGAAUUUCAUACCAAAACUGUGGAUGAGCAGAAUAAAGUUACCGCUGAUGCAAUGGAUGUCAAUGAAGAUAACAACAUGGCUCCAGAAAUUACAGAUAAAACAAUUGUGUCAGUUUUGGGGGGUAAAGAAAAGAGUAAUGCAAAUGAAAAUAAUGUAUCCAUUGAUAAGCGUUCUGCUGAUGAUAGAGUAAAUGAUAAAAUAAACUGGUUACUCCUCCAGUGUGGUGUCAAUAAAAAGUCUGAUAGUAAAAGUGGAAAUUCAGAAGUGUGUCGUUUGGAGAUAAAAACUAGCGAGGAGGAAAUAGGGCCAGUUGUACAUAUCAUGGAAACUCAGGAAGUUGAAGGUGAAAUGGAAAAUAUUCUUGACGAUAUUUCUCGCAGUGAAUCGGAUGCAACCCAAUCGGACUCGGUUUUGCCGGUGAUGAGUCCACAGAUGAACGACGAGGUGUUCUCACCUCCGAGUAACAAUCUGGACAACUCGCCACCUAAACUCUCUCGGAUCGAUUUUCCGAGUAAUGACACGAGUGAUUUUAAGUGUGAAAAAUGUGAUUACGUGUGUGCAAGUAAACAGUUGCUUAAGUCACAUGAACGACAUAAGCAUGAUCCAAAUAGAAACGUUUACAAGUGUGAAACAUGUCAAGUUGAACUAAAGCAGAAGGCUUCGUAUGAAAGUCACAUGGCAAAACAUAAUGGGGAAUUUAAGUAUGAGUGUCAUGUGUGCCAUAAAUUAUUUGUAAAUCGCUUAAGUUUUAAUCUCCAUCUUAAAACUCACAGCACAGAGCGCCCAUUUAAGUGUGGCAUGGACAUGUGCAACAAAGCAUUCAGGACCAAGUCCGAUUUAAAUGAGCAUGAAAAGGUGGUUCAUGGCGAGAGAAUUCAUAAAUGUUCAUAUGCAGGAUGUGAGAAAAGCUACACGUUAGAAAAAGAUCUCAAAGCACAUCAAGUCGGCCAUACAAUAGCGCUCAAGUGCUCAUGGCCGAGAUGCCGGAAAACAUUCAGGGACAGGUUCAAUUUGAACAACCACUACAAGACGCAUACGAAAGAAAAGCCUAUCGAAUGUCUACAUUGUGAUUUCAGAUGUAUCCAGAGAACCUCACUUGAGUCUCAUAUGAAAAAUCAUCACCUGGGUUCUGCAUAAUGAGCUUGUCUGCUGCAUACACAUUGUAUUUGUAUAGAAGUUCAUCCUGUUGAAAGCAGUGAAUGUCCUUUCGAAACUGAAAAGCAUUUUCCAGCUUCUGUUUAGCAAGCUGCCACUCGUACAUCAUACAUGUAUGUGAGAAUAAGCCCAAGUGUGAGUCGUCUUUUUCUCCAUGUUUUCGAAGUCAUGGAUCAAGGCUGACACUUGGAAAGGAAAAAACUUGCUCGUCUUCAUCGAUGUGACUUCUAUAGCAUCAGUGGGCUUCAUCAGGAGUACAAAUUUGUACACCCUUCUGUUUUGCAAGUUGAGAGACUCUGGUUUCAGGUUGAGCUUGAGGUUUUCGAGUAAUUAAUAGUGUAGUACAAAAAUGUACAUCAUCGAUCAUCUUCUAAUUCAGAUUGACUUGACUUUUUGCAAGUGUACUAUUGUUCUGUUCAAGUUCUUUAGAAUAGUGGUAUGGCUUUUUGCCGGCCGUUCCUGUUGUCUCAAGUGAAAUCAAGUGCUGUAUUGUGGUUGUCACCCCCCUUUGAUCCAUUUCCAACUUCACCUCGACUACCAACUCCCCAUAAAAAAACCCUGACCUACACGGGAUACACUGAUAGUAUGCAAAAAUGUGCACUCAUCAACUUGAACACAUGUGUUGUAGUAGCAUCAUGGCAUUGUGCCUGUAGCUCAUGGUAAAAAAAUUAGUUUUUUUGUCGCACUUGAAUGUUGGCCGCAAACUUGUCACUUAUGGAAGUGUUCGAUGACAUACCCACUAGUGAAAUGAAAAUAUUAUCCAUAGAAGCUGCAUCAAUCAAAAUAUGAACAAACGAAAAGCCACAUUUCUCAAGAACUUCGACAAAACUAUAGGGAGCAAUAAGUCAUGAGGGAAACUUGCAUGUUUCCAUGCAUUAUGCUUCAUACUGUCCUUAGUCUACAUGACUGUUGUGGUAGGAGAAUGUAGUGCCUGUAUGAUAUAAGUAAUCUUCAUUGUCUGUACAUGAAUGAUAAAUAACAAACCCUGUAAUGAUUAGACCACACAAAUUUUAUCUUGCGAAGUGUCUGGUAUAACUACUUAACUUUCCUUUCUGCAUAUCUUUACCUAAAACUGAGUCUUCCAGACAAGUUUUCAAUUUUGGAAAAAAUUGGUAGUAAUUUUGUCCCAUACAAAUUCUUUCCAAACUGGUAUCAUUGCCCAUUGUGUCUUCCUAGAAGAGGAGGGUUUUAGGGUAACUGAAAAACUACAUGGAAUAACAAGUGUAAGUUUAUUAAAAUUUGAUUAUGAUUAUUUACUGGAAAUGGGUUACCCCAAAUUGAUGAUCAAUUGACUAAGUGACACUGUCACUGACAUGAUCUUUGUACAGGAAAGGCUGGUCCUUAUGAGAUUUAAUAAGUUUUAUAAAUUUUUGUUAAGGAUAUUUCUCUCUGAAAGAUUAUAAUACAUGUUGCCAUUUUGGCAAUUGACAUAUGGAGGACGACAAUGAAGUUUUUCGGCAUUUUAAACAGGCUUCCUCUGCGUUCAGCUGGACAAUAAAUAGUGGGCUGAAUCCAUAAAUACUGGUUGAAAAAUGCUUCAGUGGGAUAAAUUAUUUGGUCGUCAAUUUGGGCACAUGUCAUACAUGUAUCUGCUUGGAAGUUAGCGACAGUGCUAUCAAAAGUCCUGACACAAUGUAGUUGUCCUUCUCAUAAUACCUUUUACCUAGGUUUUGCUGCGUGUGUGUGUGUGUGCGUGUGUCAUCCAUCAUAGUAUGUCAUAACCAAACACCACUGGCACUGCAGCAUUCCAUGAUGUAUCAACUGGGGUAAAACGUAUGUUUAAAAUUUCCCAGCCUUGUGUGUUUUAGCACUCGGUAUGAAUUGGUUCACCCUUAUUUCAGUGUCGUACAAACACUGCUCGAUCAGCUUGAGAAUUUCUUGGUUUACUAUAAUGAUAAUAUCAAAAAUAUAUAAAGCGAGCCUUAUAUAUUUUUGCUAAUAUUUGUAGUAUUUGUAGUGCUAAUUUGCUUGCAACGAAGAGCAUGCUGUGUCGAGGGGUCAUAGACUUGUGCUUUUUGGGAAAAAGUUCUGAAGUGAAAAUGGAUUGAUGUGUUCUCUUGACAAAAUUUAUUAGUAAUGCUCAAGUUUAGAAAUAAAAUGAUCAUAUAAUAUGGCCAUGUAAUAUACCACUAAAUUGUAAAUAUUCAAUGCAGCUUUUUAAAAAGAGAGAAUUAGUGAUGGAAUCUAUUGUUUUGAUUGAAAUAUAUUAUAAUGAAUGCUUAGUUGAGUGUAAAAUCAUGUUGUUAGGUUUCUGUCUCUCAUUCAUGGGACAGACCGUGCCGAUUAGAUUGUUGACAUGUAUAUCUAUUCCGAGACUUUUUCCAAGAGAUCACAGGUAAAAGAAAUGGAUGAAAAAAUUUAAAGCUUAAAAUCUAGGAAAAUUCCUUGGUUUCAUGUACGGAUCCUCAUUGGUUGCCAAAAAGCUUUACUAGGUUCUCUUGAAUGCAUUGAUCGAUGAAUUGAACAUUUUUUGUUAGGGUUUCUGUCACUAUUUGGUUUUGCAUUUUGAAGCCUAUGACUAAUAUUUUCCCCCAAAAAAUAACCUUCUUGGGUCUUGCCAGUACUGAAAAAUCUGUGAAAAAACAGAAUGCAUCAUCUAUAACACGAACUGGUGUAAAUAGUGGACUCGAUGUUCUCCCAUUAUUCAUCGCGAAAAUGUGAAGGCAAUUCUUCAAUGCACUGUCUCCUUCACAAAGUUCCUGCGCUGAGUUCUAUUCCAAUCUAUUGGCGCGAUUUCGCAUUGUCUCCAGCAAUUUCUGAACAUUUCAAAUGCAAUCGGAACAGUCGUAGACACAAUGUGUGCAAAACUGAUCAAAUUGAGUGCAGCGCAUGAAGUUGAAGGUGAAGGGGACGAAGCAUGUUUGUUUGAAAGUGCGUGUGGAUGAUUGCCCUGGCUGCGAUUCACCCAAGCUCGGUAAGGUAACAGGGCAUAAAUGUACAAGCCACAUGACUGUAUAGUAUUACGAUAAGUUGUCUAAUAUUUCAUUUGGUUCAUUUGUAUAAACGUCAUGAUAAAGCGUGUUCCUUGUAAUGGACAGUUUAUUAUAUGUAGUCUAUUUUAUGUUAUGUUAUUAGUUGCAUUUAGAUUAGAAUGAAUUUAGCAGUUUCAUUAGUGUAGAGAUCUUCCAAGUUUAUUUCAACCAUCCACCUCGUACAGAUCUGUUCAAGCAUUCCAAUUCUUUACUGUGCCAAAUGAUUUUAAAAGCUUUACUUGUCAUUUUAUUAGAUGAAGGGGUUGUGUUAUAGUGUGGUGCCUCGUACAAGACUUACGCAUGUAACGUUGAGAUGAUGUGCAUGGACAGGGCAGGUCUUGAAGAUGGCAAUCACCAAGGUCAUCAGACAUUGAAAAAGACAUUGGUUCUUGAUUACUCGUCACCGUUGCCUGCCAAUUUUGGAACAAUGUGUGACAUCAUGGUUUUUGUGGUUGUUAGAGAGAAUUUGGGGUCACUGUAGUCGGGAGAUUGAGGCUCACAAAAUCAAUUCAUGAAUUAAUCAGUUAAUCUAUUGUGUGUUAAAAUAUUUACAUCCAUAAAAAGCCAGAUUGCGAUAAUAUCUGAAAAAAGUGUUCAUGAUUUUCAUUUUGACGGAUCACAAAAUUUCUCGUAAACCUGUGUCUUGCGCAAAAUCUGCCAAAAUAAAACACAAAUGAAAAUUUUCUGGUUUACCGUUAGGUUACCCAGCAUAAAUUCCUGUAUCAAUUUUUAAACCUUGGUCAUUUUGUGAUUUCCCCGGUAAGAGAGAAAACUACUUAAAAAUGUUUCUGCAAAUUGGUAGCAACAGUAAAUAAUUUAGAUGUAUGCUUUUUACUUGUGCACACAAGUCGUGUAAUCUGGUAAUAUUUUAUUUGAAUCUCAAUGCUGACGAACAGUCUUCUUAGAAAAUGCCAAAGGCAAUUUGUUGAUUUUUUUAUCGUCUUAAAAUCUCAGGGAAAGAUGCAUUACCUGCACAAUGUUUUAGUUUCAGUGUAAAAAGCUGUGUGUUAGUUAUAGUGACCCUGAUUUUGUUGUUGGUUUUAAUUGUUUUGCAAAUAUUCUUCGUCAUUUUGUUUAUGUUCCCUCACAAAACCCACCCGACUGCAUUCUGACACUUGUUUUCUACUUUCAACUGUGAUGUUUUUGGAAUGUAGUUCAAAGAGUGGUGAUUCAUUCCAUGUUAUUUUCAUGAUUGCCCUUGUUUAUGUUUUGACUUUAGUUGGCAUCUUGAGAGAAACGCCAUUUGUUCACAUAUAUUUUCUUAUGCCAGGCGAUGCCGAUGGUCAGUAAUAAUACAUGCUACAAUAAAGUAAGGUGUUUUUGGCUACGUGCAUGCAUGCUCGCGCAUUAUCUCUUGACGAUUGGUCCAUGAUUAUAAAUCAAUUUUCAUGGAAACAACCACCAACGUGAACAAGCGGCAUAAUCCUUUAAAUCCAUGGCCAUUGUCAGGGCCAAAUAUUUUUGUGCCAACACUCUGGUUUCUGAAGUUUCUUAACCAAAAUAGUAUUCAAAUUGAGGUUGUGUGGAGAACGAGUCGCUGGGGAGAGAAAAGUAACCAACUGUAGUCAUCUGAAUGAUGCAAUACAUACAUGUACAUUGUAUAUUCGCAAUUUCAAUUGUGUCGUUGUGCGUAUUAUCAUCAAAAUUUCAUUGGAAAUUAAACCUCAUGAUGUGAAAGGCGCGAAGCACUUCCAGGCAAUAUUGUAUGUCCUCUGAAGUUAGUGUUUGAAUCGGAUCACAGCUUAUAUGCUUUCUCUUUUUUUGCCUGAAUAAUACUUCUAUUCUAAUUUGUGUUUUCCUGUGUUCUCCAUUCAAAUCAUCAAGAAGUACUGAAUAUGUUUUUGUUUGUUGUAUAUUUCGUACAUAAUCGCAUUUCUCUCUAGAUCUGUGCCAUAGUUGCAGUAUCCUUGUAGUUGGAAAGCUGGUGGUAUAUGACGAUCUGGCUUUCAUCUUUUGUUCUGUUGCUUUAGCUUUAUGUCUCAGGGCUCCUGAUUAUUUUAGUAUUUUCAAAAAAUAAAUGUCGUUCCUCUUUCUGCAAAAGAUCUCUAACUGUUAACUCUACUAUCUGUAUUUCUUUAAUUUAUGAUUUGAAUGCUUCAAAUUUUAGUUCUAAGUCAAUGUCUUCGAAUGAAAAGUUUUCAGUGAAGCAAAAACAAUAUUAAAGGUCUGUUGCUAAUAUCCCUGGAAAGCAUCUUCUAUAUUCCCACCUCUAUGCUAGCUUAAUGUUCAAACUACCAGUGAGAUGUGUGCUAGAAGACAAAUAAAUAAUAGUCGAAGUCACAAUUGAUAGCAUCUCUGCUCCGCACGGCGUGCACUUUAUUGCUGCAGGCAGCUUACACACUGGUUGCAUACAUAUUGCCUCAAAAUUUUGCGUAUCUUACAUAUCAUCAUCACCAUCUUACAUAUGACAUACUCGAAAGAUACAUCAAUCCUCUUGUGAGAAGGGUGCGUGAAAGUUGGGUGAAAAUAAAGUAGAUCAUGGUAGGCGCAUUGUGUGUAGGUUGCGGGUAAAGUUAACAUGCUCAUUGCACAUUACAUAUGCGAAUAUAGGGAUGUCAAUUGUGAUUGAAACUCUUAUUAAGAUUAUAUGUACAAUUAUUGAUAUUUUUGAAUGAUGCACAAGUGUCCUUUAAUAUCUAAGUACAUGUAUUUAAAAAAGAGACUGGCCCUGUACACAAUCAAAAGUUUUGAUUUAAAACUGAAGCCUUCAAAUGUACACAAAAAUUCUGAGAAAAAGUUGGAUUCAGAUUCAUUUGAUUUGAUUGUAAAUAUAUUUCAUGAAACAAGUGAAAGACACAUGAAAUUGGGAUUUGCAUGUUGGUCAAUGGGGCAAAAGAUACAUUUGAAGGACCGUGGGAAACCAGUGAGGUCUUACAACAUAUUCAAUUAACUGAACUUGUUUUGGUUCUUGCACGAGGUACCGUGGUUUUGUUUUGAUUUCAACAAGGACUUAUUUUUAACAUUUGGUUAGUUGUUCUUUUGUUAGAUGUGGCCAGUACAUAAUCAAAUGCGAUGCCCGAUUGCAAGCAAGUGUGGCUAAUUGUAUCAAAGAGGCUUAUCCAUGAAAAUUUUGUGCUAAGAAUUUUAUGCACCAGAAUGACAAGAGCACCCACGAACAGGUUUCUUGCGAGCAAGUAUCCCAAAGGAAUCAUUGUCUGUAAAUUGUAAAUACGUAUAGGUCAGUUGUCUCUUUGAGUCAUGGCUGCUGUGUUCAUUGGCUAACAGUAUUAUGACCUGGUCUUUGAUUGUGCCAUGACAGUUUCUGAGACCCCUGGUUCUUUUGAAGCCAGCCUUUGUUCAUUAUUGUGCAAGUUAGGAUUGAGUACACUUAAUACUGUAUAUAUAAGAAGAAAACUGUUAUACUAUAGCUGCAGUUCAGUGUAUGACAUAACUGUGUUAAUGUUGUGUUAGAUAGUGUGUAUCAAAACCAUUCUGUCACAUUGCUUAUUGAUGCAAAUAGUAUGCCUACCUCUUUCUGAUUUGACAGUACUCUGGUCAGUUAUACUGACUGGACUGUUGCGAUUCUGGAUUAAAUGGCAAAUACUUACAAUUACAGUGCUAGUAUCUAGUAUUGCCAGUCUGGCACAGUAAGUUACAAACAGUCUACCAACUAUUUAUGUACAUUUUAGAUUGUAUGUCUGUGGCACCGUCUACAAGAACUCUGGACUAGCAGUAGUACUGUGCCAGUCUGGUAAUAACAAAUAUGUGGUACUUCUCAAAAUAUGAUAAUGGUCCCUGAAAAAGCGGUGACAGACUGGCACAUCGGUUUGCAAUUUCUGCAAACAUGCCUAAUUAACUGCACUGCAGAAAUCAACAAUGCCAAUGUGACAUGGCCUGCUAGUCUGUCACUGCCUUUAUAUUAUGAUGGUUGUUUUUGAUCAUGGUGUGAAAAUCCAUUGGCAAUACUUGAAUUUAAAGAUGUUCACAGACUGUAUUUUCCUUGCUAAAAAAUUGGUGAAUGUGGCGAUCGCCAUUGUUACUGUAACACAGAAAAUAUUUACAACAGGUUUUAUUUGGGGUUGCCUACAUUUCACGGCUGAGUUUAGAUUUUGCAGAACUACGGGAGCCGUUUUGAAUAAUGUAUGGACAAAGUGAAAUAUUGUGUUUAUUAAUUGUAUGAAUCAGGUCGGACCAAAAAAUCAAAAUGCGCAAAAUUUUCUGGGUUGCAGUAACUGCGACUUUCAAUUUUCUUUGGUAUUUGGAAUCUCAGAAUGUUUAAAUGAAGCUGAGGUGAAUAUUGUUCGUUGGAAAAAGAGUUGUAAAUUUGCUAAUGAAAUCAAAAUCAAAUCAAAAUAAAAGAUUAAUCAAUGUACUGCAUAUUUUUACAUGAAACAUUCCAAUCAAAACAAGAUUUAAAAAUUGAUAAUAAAUGAAAUUUACUAGAUAUGAAAAGUUGUAAAUUUAAGUGCCAUUAAGUAUUUUACCUCAAUUGUAAAUAUUCCCACUGAUAUUUAAAACGUGUAUCAUCAUGUUAGUCAUUAUUCCCUAAUCAGCUCAUUUGGCUGGUAGAAUUUUGAAUGGAUUUAAUGAGGGGCAGAUUUUGCGAAACCCAAUUGUUGAUAUUCAAAGGGCUCCCAAAGAAAUACUGGAGUCUUCCAAUUGUGAAUAUGAUAUUGAAUGUAAUUGUAAAUGUUCUCGUAGCACAGCCUGAAAUGUUGAGACAUUUUGUCAUGGUUAUCAUAUACGGUACCAAUAAAGUAUUUCAUGAGGUGUUCAUCCUGUA